GAGUUCGAAAUUCAAGAAUAUUUCGCGAAUGGAGAGGGCUGUCAGACGAGCGACUACCUUGCUUAAACACGCUGCUUUUCGUCAUUCUAAUUCUAUGCAGAUGACUUCAAGAGAUUUUACUGCUGGUAUCAUCGUAAUUGGAGAUGAAAUAUUAAAGGGACAGACAACUGAUACUAACUCCCAUUUCCUGUGCAAACAUCUGUUUACCCUAGGGGUCAAAGUUAAAAAGAUAUCUGUGAUUGGGGAUGAUCUGGAGGUAAUUGCUAAAGAAGUCGGUGAGUUUUCUUCCAAGUACACUCAUGUGAUCACCUCAGGGGGAAUAGGGCCCACUCACGAUGAUCUUACAUUUGAAGGUGUGGCCAAGGCAUUUAAUGAUGUUACUGCCCCUCACCCUGACAUUGUGGAACUCUGUAAGCAGUUCUGGGGAGCGCAGGAUCUCUCAUCUCCAAAGAUGAAACUUGCGAUGAUACCAAAGUCAGCAAGACUGGUAUACGGAGUGAACAAGAAGACUGGGGAGAAGAACAAAUUCCCACUGGUGGUUGUCAACAAUGUUUAUAUCUUCCCAGGUGUACCAUCCAUAAUGGAGAGAGCCUUCAUAGCUUUAGAGGAUUUGUUUAAGAAUCCGGAUGCUCAUUUUUACACAGAGGAAAUCUAUGUGCAGCAGGAUGAAGUAUCGAUUGCUAGUGUUUUAAGUGAAGUAGACCGAGAAUUCAAGGCUGAUGUUACACUAGGAUCAUACCCAGAUUUUCACAACAGUUAUUACAAAGUAAAACUGAUGUUAGAGUCUAGCAAACCUGAACAGAUACAUAGAGCUGUUACCGCGUUACAGGAAAAAUUACCCAACGGUAGUAUCAUAGAUUAUGACAACCAACCCAUUAGUAAUGCAACUCGGAGAGUUUAUGACUUGAUCCAGUCCGACAGUGCACAGGAUCACUAUGUAAGCAACGUUAGAGAGGCAGUAUCCGUCAUUGAGGAGUGUCUACAGAAGUACAGUUUAGAUGAAAUAUGUGUUGGGUUUAAUGGGGGGAAGGACUGUACAGCAUUGCUUCACCUCUAUCAUGCAGUUGUGAAAAGGAAAUAUCCAGAUUUUCAUGAAAAACACAAAGCCUUAUACAUCAAGAGCAAACUUCCUUUUCCUGAAGUAGAAAAAUUUAUACAGAUAUCAAGAGACAGGUAUCAUCUUGAGAUGUUGCACAUCGAGGGUCGUAUAAAGGACAGCCUUGAACUCCUCAGAGUCCAACAUCCCCACAUUAAAGCUGUAAUAAUGGGGACCAGAAUCACAGACCCUUACUCAAGUCAUUUAAAUGCCUUUAGUAUGACGGAUGCAGAUUGGCCACAGUUUAUGAGGGUCAAUCCUGUGUUACACUGGUCUUAUAGCCAUAUAUGGAAGUUCCUGAGAGAUUUAUGUGUACCAUAUUGUAGUUUAUAUGAUAGAGGGUAUACUUCUUUAGGCAGCAUGAACAACACUCACCCCAAUCCACUGUUACAGUAUAUAGACGAGCAUGGAGUAUUGAAGUAUAAACCAGCAUACACUCUAACAGAUCCCACUAAGGAGAGAGAUGGGAGAAACUGAUAUAAGAUAUAUAGACAGACAAGCACUACCUGGAAAUGUAGCAACAUCAUCUUGUUAUUCAGCAACAAUUUGUCUCAACGUGUAUUGUUAUGUACAAUAAUUUCAAAACUUAUUUCGGUUUCUCCUAGUAUUUUGCAUCAGCAUACUUACCUAAUACCAUAUAAAGUGUAAUUUAUCAGUGAAAUGAACUUGGUAUAAAAAGAAUUCCUCAUAUCAUGUUUUAUAAUUAAACAAUUUUUGAUUGGUUAUAAUUAUGUAAUGUCCACAAUUGUGAAUUCACCCUUUUUAUUUUCACAUGUCUUGGUUAUACAGUGGUAGUACAUUCACCUCUCACCUCUGUGACCUGGCUCCAGUAUCAUGAAACUGUCUUGAACUUUAAGAUUGUCUUCGAUCAAUAAAGUUGCACUUAAAUCUUAAGACUAGCAAUCUUAGCUAAGUCAAAAUCUUAAUUUAAAGUCAAAAUUUUGACUUAACUUUAAGACAGUUUCAUGAUCCCAGAGCCUGGAUUCGAUCCUCAUUAUCGGUAGUGAUUGUGUGUGAAAGGGUAAAGUGGUCGCCCACUCAGACACGUGGGUUUUUUCUCACACUCCAGCUUUCUCCUAACCACUAGUUGUUCACGUCAACACCAGUGCAAAAACCAGAUAAAGAGUUUGACCUUAUUGGAAAUAUUCCAAAGUGAGCUGUAGAGCUGUCAUGGGUCAUCCUGGCAGUUGAUGUCUAUUAAAGCUGAAUACAGAUUUAUUAGUUUUUAUACUUUUUCACUGAGUUUUAAUUUUCAUAUUGGUUCUGAUGUAAAAAUAAAACUGCAGAAAAAACAUGGCUGUAUACUAUAUUUUUGCUAGGAGAAGUCAUUUGUACAUGUACAAUGUAUGGAGAACCAGUUAGAAAGUCAGUUUUGCAUUUUGCAUGGUUUUUAUUCAGAUGUAUGAAAUACAGGUGCUGAUAGUUUCAUCUAAAUGCAGUCCUUGUUGUGAAGUGUCUAUAUAAUUAUAUGACAAUUUUUAAUAUUCAUAUCCAUUUUGUAUAUUCAUAAAAAAUAUUUUUAUAUGAUCUUUGAAUUUUAAAUAAAUGGAUGAUAUGACUUA